AUGGCGCUCAACUUCCUUUCACGUAGAUCGAUGAAGGGCGAAAAAGCGACAUUCGGCACGUCCUUUUGGUCAAACUUCACCAUCACAGGCGCUCUGCGCAUCCUGCUCCGCCUGUUCCAGUUUGUCCUCGGCCUGACGGUCAUCGGGCUGUACGCCGUGGACCUCAGCAACGCGCGCAAAGCGGGCAAAUACGUCGACAGCAAAUGGGUGUGGGCGGUCGUCUGCGGCACGCUGGGCGCCGUCAUCAGCCUGGUGUUCAUGCUGCCGCUAAUCAAAGCGUGGUUCUUCUUCUACGUCGAUUCCUUUGUGUUUCUGUGCUACCUGGUUGCGUUUGGCAUCUUUGGGAAGAUGUACAUCAAGGAGAAUCCAGAGGGCAACAAGGGCAUUAUCCGCAUGAAGAACGCGGUGUGGGUGCUGCUUACGAAUAUGCUGCUUUGGUUCCUUACCGCCGUUCUCGGCGCGGUCGUCUUCUGGAGGAGCAGGAAGGCAAGGACUACUCAUACUGGACGUGCGGGUCAGCAUGUCUAA